CGCUGUAAUGAAUACAGUUGUGUAUGUGGUACAGGCGUCCACCGUUUCUUCCUGACUUCCCUUUUCAGAAGACUCAGAAAGGAAGCAAGUGUAUUCUAAACCGGUUUACGGAAAACAUCAGCCCGUGUUCGGUUUAGACCAACCAAUUUUACCAAACAACAUCUUAUCAGUUCCGCGCGUUCACCCUUCAUCAGUCUUUUACAGCCUCUGUAGACUGUAGCUCUCUUCCCCGUCUUUCCGUUCUUGAGCUCCUAAACUUACAGGACACCAUGACCAGCUUAACGACGAGCUUAACAGUUGCCAAUCCCAAUCAAUGUCCAGUACAACAGCAUUUUCGCUUUCAAUUUAGAAGAAGUUCUUUGCUCCUUAGACCUCCGCAGAGACGCAGAAAUCUGAGAAUCGUUUGCAUGGCUGAGCCUUAUUUGAUAACAAAGCUGGAAUCUGCAGAGAAGACGUGGAAAGAAUUAUCGGUCAAGCUGGCUGAUCCAGAUGUCGUCUCAAAUCCAAGCGAAUAUCAAAAGCUGGCACAAUCUGUGGCUGAGCUUGAUGAAGUUGUGUCGACUUACAGGAGAUUCAAGGAGUGUGAGAAGCAGUUAGUAGAGACCAAAGCUUUAGCAAAAGAGGAAGGAAAUGACGAAGAUAUGGCUGAGAUGAUAGCAUAUGAAAUCGAAUCUUUAUCCAAUGAACUUAAAGAGCUCGAGGAGAAGCUUAAGGUACUACUGCUACCCAGUGAUCCUCUUGAUGCAAGAAAUAUAAUGCUUGAAGUAAGGGCAGGUACUGGUGGCGAUGAGGCUGGAAUCUGGGCUGGUGAUCUUAUCCGUCUGUAUCAGAGAUAUAGUGAAAGAAACUCUUGGAAAUACUCUUUAAUCUCAAGUUCUGAGGCCGAAAAAGGCGGAUUCAAAACCUGUGUGAUGGAGAUAAAAGGCAAUCGUGUUUAUAGCAAAUUAAAAUAUGAGUCUGGUGUUCAUCGAGUUCAACGUGUUCCUCAAACAGAAGCACAGGGGCGCGUGCAUACUUCUACUGCAACUGUGGCUAUCAUGCCUGAGGCAGAUGAAGUUGAGGUGGUAAUUGACCCGAAGGAUAUCGAACUUACAACAGCUAGGUCUGGGGGUGCUGGAGGGCAAAAUGUCAACAAGGUUGAAACAGCAGUCGAUCUCUUCCACAAACCAACAGGAAUCCGCAUCUUUUGUACUGAAGAAAGAACACAACUUAAGAAUAAGAACCGUGCUCUCCAGCUUCUACGAGCAAAACUGUAUGAAAUGAAAGUAAGGGAGCAGCAAGAGUCAAUUAGGAAUCAAAGAAAACUACAGGUUGGCACAGGUGCUCGUGCAGAAAAGAUUCGGACAUACAAUUACAAGGAUAAUAGAGUCACUGACCACAGGUUAAAGAUGAACUUUGAGCUCACUUCUUUUCUUGAUGGUGACAUAGAGAAUGCAGUGCAGGCAUGUUCUGCUAUGGAGCAGAAGGAACUUCUGGAGGAACUUGCAGAGUCUGUAGGCGUCCCAGCUGGCUGAUUCACGUCAUUUUGUCUGUGUGAUUGAGACAUUCACGGCGUAAUCUUAAAAGCCCUUUAGAGGAAUUGAUACAACACUAAGCAAUACGGAGGACACAAUAUUUGUUGCCACUGUGGUGGUGUUUGCUACAUUGUCAUUUUUCCAUAGCAACAUUCUUAAGAUGGAAAAUUAAAUCUGUAAAUCUGUAUUCAUAUUACAUCUUACUUGAAACCAAAUAUAUUGGAACUAUCUUUUCCAGUAUUAUAUGAUUAUUAUAUCCCCA